GCCAAAUGAAACUUAAGGAGAGCAGCAGGAGUCACAUUCUUAGCAGAGGAUUUAAAAGGAGAAGCUCACUUUGAGACCAGGGGACCUUGCAGGCAGACUGAAGCAGAUUUCCAGAUGGAGGAAGUGAAAAUGCUCUCACGUGGAAAUGUCCUUAAUCUUCUUUGGCCCCUUCUGCUUUUCAGUGUCUCUGGAAGCGCUUUCGAUUUCCACCUAUUUGAGAAUGUCCCGGAAGUACGAGAGGGCGCCAUUAAGCUCUCUGGUUUGAAGAGUCCGUGGCAAGGUCGAGUGGAAGUCUACCACAAUGGCAAAUGGGGAACCGUGUGUGACGACGGCUGGGACAUGGCUGAGGCUCAGGUGGUGUGUCGUCAGCUCAAUUUCCCCGGGGCUGUUUCUGUCGUCAUCGGGGAGAACUACGGACAAGCACCUGGGCCUAUUUGGCUGGAUGAUGUGAAAUGUGACGGCACAGAGAAGAGUCUUUUCGCUUGUAAUAUCAACAAGUGGGGGGUGAGUGACUGCACCCACAAGGAAGACGUUGGCGUUAUUUGCCAAUCAUGGAAUCGAAGCGCUACUGUCCUGGACUACACACAUUCGCUAGACCACAGCAUCAAUCUGGCGGAUGAGCUCGGCGCCCUGUUUGACAGCGGGACAGGCUGUGACUUCCUGAUCGUCCUUCAGGGCAUCACUGGACCCAACAGCACAUGGGAGAUGACUGAGACCACCAUCUGCGCUCACAAAUUCAUCCUCUUGCAAUUCCCGUCCUUUAAUACGUCGGAGAGUACCAUUGUCGACAUCAACCUGUCUUGCCAAACUCAUUUCACCAGUUUUGUGAGGUACCUGUACACUCGUAAAAUUGAUGUGACCUUCGCCUCGGCGCAAUGCCUACACUGGAUGGCUUCCAAGUUUAGGGUGAAGCAACUGAUGGAGGACAUAGGCCGAAUGUUUACCCAAAUCCUCACGGAGGAUGCCACAUUUCACACCCAGGUGUCCCUUCUUCAGUACGCCAUUGAAACUGAAGACCCUGUCCUGCAGGAGAACUGCAUACAGUAUCUGGCUUGGAACUUCCAGAAACUGAGCCAGUCGCCUGCUUGGCUCACCGUCUCCAAGGGAAUCCUCGCAACCCUACUAUUCCGCACAGACCUGGUGGUGCCAGAUGAGUAUUUUCUGCUUCGGUCCUUGGAGAGCUGGGUCCAAGAGAAGGGCAACUCGUCCACUUUGGAAGACCAGGUUGAGCUACUAAAUCUUGUCCGCUUUCCAAUGAUCUCUGCUGAGAAACUGUAUGAGCUGGAGGUCAACUCGUCCCUCUAUGAUAUUCAUAAGAACUUGUAUCAGGAGAAGAUGUUCAAGGCGUUGCAGUUCAAUGUUCUGCUCUUCAGUACGAGUGCCUCGCAACCCGAUUUCAGCGAAAAUGACAAUUACCAGCCCAGGAUCUACACCGCUGAGCCAUGGAGCAUUCUGUUUAACCGCACGAGAGAAAAUGAAAUCCUGUAUCUUUCCCAAAGUAAUUACCACAGGAGGUCGCAUACCCGUUACGGUAGUGGGUACUAUUAUACUCCCACUAUCAGGCCACGCAUAGAAACCGUAUUCGAGAGGUUCAGGACGCCAUUUCACAAAAGCUUGCUCUUUAAAGCUGACAAAAUAGAUUGGGAUGCGUACUUAAUCAGGACCAAAAGUGAGUGUGCGGCUAGAGGUUACAAUUGCGACUCGGUCCCGGUCGCCAUACUGUCUAGCCGAAACGCGCUUAAACGAAACAACAUCAUCUUCCGCAACAAGCUCGUGGUUGCGUGUGAGGACAAGUACAUCUGCCAUGUUCAGGACUUCAAAAACAACAUGGCGUACGUGGCCACCAACGGUACCCAGGUUCUGGCCUGUCCUUGCCUCGGUGAAAAGUACCUCUACCACUUCGUUGUGAGGCCGGAAUUCGUCUGAAAACGAAAAUGAUUUUUAUUUUCCGCUGUAUGUUAUCUAUGCUAGUUUGACACAGCUAUACACAAUAUUGACGCUACUACCAGGUGCUUCAGUCAGCCAGGGUUCUAAGCAUACCAAGCAAUCACUGCGUUGUUACCCUUUCAGGAAACAUGACCAAAAAUGACUACAAUUGUUAACAUUAGCUUACCUUUUUUGUGCACUAUUAUUGAUAUGUCUAUACUUUGCUGCAUCCUUUGUAAUGAAUUAUCAGUAAAUAAAUGGCAUUCCUAAUCCAGUA